UUACUGUUGCGCUUAAUUAAGGACCCCAAAUUAGGCACAAUCCCCAAGUUACUCAACUCAGUUUCAGUUUUUCCUAUAGUCCCGAAUUUUAUCAUGUCAUACAUGAAUGCUUUUUCGUCCAUAAUUGUGUCUCAGGUGCGUUUCUGAGAUUUUUUAAUUCUUUAUCCCUGUAUAGUACUGCCAAGUUUCGUAACGAAACCUAGGAACCAAACAGCGAAUGAAAACGAAAGGGUGACAUUCUAUUGCAACGCCAGUGGUAACCCAACACCAACCAUAACCUGGCUAAAAGACGGAACAACUGUGGGUACAGGGAACACACUAAGAUUCGAUAGUACUUGGCGUUAUCAAUCUGGAAGAUACUGGUGUGAGGCACAGAAUGGACUAAAUGUCACUAUCAGAACCAGCGCUGAUCUUAAUGUGCAAUUUCUGCCAUAUUUCACAAGACGACCAACUGACCACUCCGUGAUGGAAGGCCAUGAAGCUUUAUUCUACUGCACUGCUUCUGGGAAUCCAAGCCCGAUGAUAACGUGGCAUAAAGAUGGCAAGAUUGUGGGCACAGGGGAGGUACUGAAAUUUCUUACAUUCAAGAAUAAUUCUGGAAAAUAUUGGUGCUCAGCGGACAACGGUUUGGGUUUACCAAUCAACACUAGUGCUGACCUUAAUGUGCAAUUUCAGCCACGUUUAAUCGCCAAACCACGAGACCAGAGAGUGGUCGAGAACACUACAGUGACACUUCAAUGCAGUGCCACUGGAAACCCAACCCCGAAGAUAACAUGGACUAAGGAUGGGCGGAAUGUGGGGACAGGAAGCAAACUGACCUUUGUCGCCUUGAGGAGUCAUGCCGGACGAUACUGGUGUUCAGCGGACAACGGUUUAAGUGCAGGCGUCAAAGCAAAUGCGUAUCUUCAUGUGUUCUGUAAGUAGUAUAACGUGACAGAAUUGAAAUCACUUGUAAAUAUUUGAA